AUGACAGCUCUCCGCAGGGUGCUCCGCAGGAGGUUGCACCCACUCAAACUGGUGGUGGUGGCCCUGGUCUUCGUCACCUUCGUGUUCCUCAUACAAUGGGAGGUGGGGAGCCAGAACCAGCAAGAGGAGCCCUGGCUGAAGGAGAUCGCGGUGAAGCGGGACGCCGUGCUGGGCAUAGUGAUGGGCGCUGUCAAUAACUUCAGGGAUGCCAUCCCCAAGAUGCAGAUCCGAGCCCCGGUGCGUCAGCAGGACAGAGGAGACGGCACGUCCUGUCUGGCAGGUCGCUACACCGCUGCCGAGCUCAGGCCGGCCCUGGAGCGGCCUCCUCAGAACCCCCUCUCCCCCGGAGCGGCUGGGAAACCUUUCCACACAGACUCGCUGAGCCCCGAGGAGCAGAAGGAGAAGGAGAGGGGUGAGGAGAAACACUGCUUUAACCUGUACUCCAGUGACCGCAUCUCCUUGAGCAGAGACCUGGGAGCAGACACCCGACCACCAGAAUGCAUUGAGCAGACCUUCAAGCGUUGCCCCCCCCUGCCAACAACCAGUGUGAUAAUCGUGUUUCACAAUGAGGCCUGGAGCACUCUGCUGAGGACAGUGUACAGUGUCCUGCACACCUCCCCGGCCAUUCUCCUCAAGGAGAUCAUCCUGGUGGACGACGCCAGCGUGGACGAUGCGUUGAAGGACGAGCUGGACGAGUAUUUGAAGCAGCUGAGCAUUGUGAAAGUCGUCCGACAGAGAGAGAGGAAAGGUCUCAUCACCGCUCGGCUGCUGGGUGCCGCCGUGGCAACUGGUGACACACUCACCUUCCUGGACGCCCACUGUGAAUGCUUUAACGGGUGGCUGGAGCCUCUGCUGGCAAGGAUAGCAGAGAACUACACCGCCGUGGUCAGUCCCGAUAUAACCACGAUCGAUCUCAACACCUUUGAGUUUAUGAAACCGUCGCCAUACGGCCAGAACCACAACCGGGGAAACUUUGACUGGGGCCUGGCGUUUGGUUGGGAGAGUCUUCCAGAUCAUGAGAAGAAGAGGAGGAAGGAUGAAACAUACCCCAUAAAGACUCCCACAUUUGCUGGCGGACUCUUCUCCAUCUCCAAACAGUAUUUCUACGAUAUCGGAAGCUAUGAUGAAGAAAUGGAAAUCUGGGGCGGGGAGAAUAUUGAAAUGUCAUUUAGGGUGUGGCAGUGCGGAGGACAGCUGGAGAUCAUGCCUUGCUCCAUCGUGGGUCACGUGUUCCGCACCAAGAGCCCGCACACCUUCCCCAAGGGCACGCAGGUCAUCGCUCGCAACCAGGUCCGUCUGGCCGAGGUGUGGAUGGACGACUACAAAGAGAUCUUCUACCGUCGCAACCGGCAAGCUGCGCAGAUAGCGAGAGAUAAGACAUUUGGAGACACCUCCAAACGCGUGGACCUCCGGGCGCGGCUGCAGUGCAACAGCUUCUCCUGGUAUUUGAAGAACGUUUAUCCGGAGGUCUUCUUGCCUGAUCUCAACCCAAUUCGCUUUGGCUCUGUGAAAAGUGUGGGCAAGGACUCAUGUCUGGAUGCUGGGGAGAACAAUGAGGGUGGGAAAGAGCUGAUCAUGUACCCAUGUCAUGGACAAGGAGGGAACCAGUAUUUUGAGUACUCCACACAUCAGGAGAUUAGACACAACAUUCAGAAGGAGCUGUGUUUGCACGGGGCCAGCGGGGCACUGAAGCUGGAGGACUGCCAGUUAAAAGGCAGGAACACACUUGUAGGAGUGGAGCAAAAAUGGGUCCUGAAGGAUAACCAGUUAUUCUUCAUCCCGGGACUGAACAUGUGUCUGAGCGCCCGUCAUGAGCAUCCUUCUCUCACCACGUGCAACCCCUCAGACAGAUACCAGCUCUGGUCCUUUGUCUAA